CAUUUCGCUCCGCGUCCCCCACCCCAAAACCCCCGCGAGAACCUCACCACUCUCCUCUCCGGCUCGCGCUCCUCGCCCGCGGCCGCUGCUCAUGGAGGCCACCGCCGCUUCGUCGCGGCCUCUGUUCCUCCUCGCGCCUUCGCCGCCGCCGGCAAGCACGGUGCGCUUCGCCCUUGGCGUGGGGCGGCGCCGCCUCGUGGCCGCGGGGGCCAGGAAGAGGAAGGGGCAGGGGCAGGACGGGGACGAGAGGGUGGACACGCACAGCUUCGCGCCCAAGGACGGCGAGGUCACGGGUCCGUUCCCCGAGGCCGUGCUGCUCAGGAAGAAAAAGGUUAAAGAGGACGGUGAAACUUCACCUGAAUUUGCUGAUGCCGAAGAAGAAAAGCUAUAUGAGUUUCUUAACAUCGAGCUAGAGAGUGGUUUAAAUCUGCAAAGAAUGCGGCACUAUGAAGUUGUUUACCUCAUCCAUGAGGACCGCGUGGAAGAAGUUGAAGAUGUUAUGUCAAAAGUACAAGAUUUUAUCAGAGAGAAGAAAGGAAGGAUAUGGAGGGUAAACAAUUGGGGACUGCGUAGACUUGCUUACAAAAUAAAGAAAGCAACACAUGCCAACUAUGUCCUAAUGAACUUUGAGAUACAAGCAAAAUACAUCAACGAUUUUAAGACCUUGCUAGAUAAGGAUGAAAGAAUCAUCAGGCACCUAGUGAUGAAACAGGAUGAGGCGAUUACCGAAGACUGCCCUCCCCCACCAGAGUUCCACGCUAUGCGAACUGAACAGUAUAUGGAUGAUGAAUAUGUUGAUGAGGAAGUUGAGAAGGUGGAGGAUGGGUAUGACGAGGAUGAACUAGAGUCUUCUGGCAAUGUUGAUAAUGCUUUUGAAGAUGGUGAUGAACCUGAAAUGAUUCUUGUUGAUGAAGUUGACGAUGACAACGCUGAAGAUCUUAGAAGAAGGAAUAGGAAGGUGAAACUUGAAAAGUAUACCGUGGAGAAGGUAUUGAGGUAGCAUGUGUAUCUACUGCCUGGUUUUCAUGUAGUAUAAGUAUGAUUUUAGUUCUUAUAGAAAGGAAGACUUGUAUGAUGAAGUAACUACAGGUAGGUGUUUUCCCUGUACCGGCGAUCACAUAUCAUAUUGAGAUAAGUUCAUUAGGUAUUCUCCCUGAAUCUAGAACUGCUGUCAUUUCCAAAUUAUGUGAUGUAUCAUUUCCUUUGAGA